CGUGAGGAACACAUAAAGCCACGUUCCUAUGUUAACAAACCUCGUGCCAUUCGGAUUUACACGUUUAAAUUAAAGGUUAAUCCUUUCACAACAAAGCAAUUACGGUAUGUGAAGUGUUUUCAAUUGUAAACUAAUCUGACUCAGCUUUGAAUCCUGACCCUUUCUUUUUGAACGCGUCACUUAAAUAACAAACAAUCUUCGUCAUAUCCUUUCAUCUGUGUUCUGCUCUUUCACAUUCUUGUUGUUUUUUAUCAUCCUUAAAAACACCGAAACAUCACACAGCACAAAUCCACUUACCGGUUUCGGUUUUUGUUUUCUCAUCUUGUUCCUCUGAUCAGUGUUUGUUUCUUUGUUCUUCCAACUUUCUUCUCUCCGGCCAUCUUCAUCGAUGGCUUCUUCUACGUCGUCUCUAGGCAUUGCUUGCGGCGGAAACAACCGUUUCGCCGCCGGAGUUGGUAUUAAGAAGAGUGUGUCAGUCUCUUUUGUGUCGAUCGGGGAUUGGAAUCGAUCGACGGUGAGGAAAGGGAGGAUUGCGGCGGUGAUGACGGGGAGAGGAGAGGAGAAUCGGAUGAUUGUGGAACAGGGGAAAAACAGGGGAGGAGGAACGAGAGACGCUGUUGAGGCUCAAGAGAAGCUUGAUCGGUGGAUGAAGGAAUCGGUGGUGGAUAUUGAACGAAUUCCAUUGAAUGAAGUGUUUGAACACCUGAAAUGUUCAAGGGAGGGUCUCACUUCCGAUGAAGGAGCCAACAGGCUCCAAUCAUUUGGACCCAACAAGCUUGAAGAGAUUAAGGAUAGCAAAUUUUUGAAAUUUUUGGGUUUUAUGUGGAACCCUUUGUCAUGGGUUAUGGAAGUUGCUGCCAUCAUGGCGAUUGCUCUGGCGAAUGGUGGAGGAAAGCCUCCGGACUGGCAAGAUUUUGUUGGAGUCGUUGUUCUCUUGGUGGCCAACUCGACAAUCAGUUUCGUAGAAGAGAACAAUGCUGGCAAUGCUGCGGCCGCUCUUAUGGCUGGAUUAGCUCCAAAGACAAAGGUGCUAAGAGACGGCAAAUGGAGUGAGGAAGAUGCUGCAAUUUUAGUACCAGGAGACAUAAUUAGUAUCAAGUUAGGAGACAUUAUUCCUGCCGAUGCACGACUUCUAGAGGGCGAUCCAUUAAGCGUUGAUCAAUCUGCUUUAACAGGAGAGUCACUUCCUGUGACAAAGUGUGCAACUCAAGAAGUGUUUUCAGGAUCAACCGUUAAGAAGGGUGAGAUUGAAGCAGUUGUGUAUGCUACUGGUGUGCACACAUUUUUCGGCAAAGCAGCUCAUUUGGUGGAUAGUACAAACCAAGUUGGACAUUUUCAGAAAGUGCUAACAGCUAUUGGUAACUUCUGCAUUUGUUCAAUUGCUAUUGGAAUAGUCAUUGAGCUUGUUGUGAUGUAUCCGAUUCAACACCGCAAGUAUAGAGAUGGAAUUGACAAUCUCUUGGUUUUAUUGAUUGGUGGAAUUCCAAUUGCAAUGCCAACUGUUUUGUCUGUUACUAUGGCUAUCGGUUCUCAUAGGCUUUCGCAGCAAGGCGCAAUCACAAAAAGAAUGACUGCUAUUGAAGAAAUGGCCGGAAUGGAUGUUCUUUGCAGUGAUAAAACUGGAACUCUCACUCUGAAUAAGCUUAGUGUUGACAAAAACUUGGUUGAGGUUUUUGCUAGAGGUAUUGAUAAGGACCAUGUGAUACUUCUAGCUGCAAGAGCUUCUAGGAUAGAAAAUCAGGAUGCUAUUGAUGCUGCAAUUGUUGGAAUGCUUUCUGAUCCAAAAGAGGCUAGAGCUGAUAUCAAGGAGGUGCACUUUCUUCCGUUCAAUCCAGUCGAAAAGAGGACUGCUCUUACCUAUGUUGAUUCUGAUGGAAAUUGGCAUAGAGCUAGCAAAGGAGCCCCUGAACAGAUAUUGAAUCUCUGCAACUGCAGAGAGAAUGUAAGGAGAAAGGCUAAUGAAGUGAUUGAUAGGUUUGCUGAGCGUGGACUUAGAUCCUUAGGCGUUGCUUAUCAAGAAGUACCCGAAAAAUCUAAAGACAGUCUUGGGGCUCCAUGGCAAUUAAUUGGAUUAUUGCCCUUAUUCGAUCCCCCAAGGCACGACAGUGCUGAAACCAUUAGAAGAGCACUCAGCCUUGGAGUAAAUGUAAAAAUGAUCACUGGGGACCAACUUGCCAUCGGAAAGGAAACAGGCAGAAGGCUUGGAAUGGGAACGAACAUGUAUCCAUCAUCUGCGUUGCUUGGAGAAGGUUCUUCUAUUUCAGAAGUUCCUAUUGAUGAGUUGAUCGAGAAAGCUGAUGGAUUUGCAGGAGUAUUUCCCGAGCACAAAUACGAAAUAGUAAGAAGGCUUCAAGAGAGGAAACACAUAUGUGGCAUGACAGGUGAUGGAGUGAACGACGCACCAGCGUUGAAGAGAGCUGAUAUCGGAAUUGCUGUUGCUGAUGCUACAGAUGCUGCUAGAAGUGCUGCUGAUAUUGUUCUCACUGAACCUGGUUUGAGUGUAAUUAUCAGUGCUGUGCUCACCAGCAGGGCCAUUUUCCAAAGAAUGAAAAACUAUACUAUUUAUGCUGUGUCCAUCACAAUCCGAAUUGUGUUUGGUUUCAUGUUCAUUGCUUUGAUCUGGAAAUUUGAUUUUGCACCCUUCAUGGUUCUGAUAAUUGCAAUACUGAAUGAUGGUACCAUAAUGACAAUAUCUAAGGAUAGAGUGAAACCAUCUCCACUACCAGACAGUUGGAAACUGAAGGAGAUAUUCGUUACUGGUAUUGUGCUUGGCAGUUACAUGGCACUGAUGACAGUCAUAUUUUUCUGGGCGGCUAAUGAUACCGACUUUUUCUCGGACAAGUUUGGUGUGAGAUCUCUGAGAAAUAAUCCUACUGAAAUGAUGGCAGCUUUGUACUUACAAGUCAGUAUCAUAAGCCAAGCAUUAAUUUUUGUGACUAGGUCUCGCAAUUGGUCUUUCUUCGAAAGACCUGGCCUUUUACUACUCGGUGCUUUUUUCAUUGCUCAAAUAAUUGCAACACUUAUAGCAGUGUAUGCUCAUUGGGAAUUUGCCAGAAUUAAGGGGAUUGGAUGGGGUUGGGCUGGUGUUAUCUGGCUGUACAGUUUGGUAACUUAUAUCCCUCUUGAUUUGCUCAAAGUUGCAAUCCGCUAUAUUCUAAGCGGAAAGGCGUGGGAUAAUCUUUUGGAAAACAAGACCGCGUUUACUACGAAGAAAGAUUAUGGCAGAGAAGAGAGGGAAGCGAAAUGGGCGUCAGUGCAGAGAUCACUUCAUGGUCUUCAGGCUUCUACCUCGAACAACAUUGUCAAUGAAAACAGGAGUUACCGCGAACUUUCAGAAAUAGCCGAACAAGCCAUGAGACGUGCAGAAGUUGCACGGCUGUUGGAGAAGAACACCCUGAAAGGGCGUGUUGAGUCGGUCGUCAGGCUUAAAGGUUUGGACAUUGACACCUCCAAGAAUAAUUAUACAAUUUAA